AUGGCAGAGGUGGCGAUUUUGACCAAAUUGCUCCAAUCAAACUUCAAAAUUGGGUGGAUUUGGUGGAUCCUCUUCUCUAAGCCCCACCCCAGCUCCUCCCCACCGGCCACCGGCCACCGGCCCUACCCAGCUCCUCCCCACCGUCUCUACCCACCAGCCACCACCCCUCCCCAGCCCCUCCCCACCGGCCCUCCCCACCCUCACGCCUCCAUCCCGAUCUCCGUCUCGGUCUCUCCUGUCCCGCCCGCGUCCGUCUCCAUCCCCAUCGCCUCCGACGGGUUCGGGCCACCGCCCAACACGCUCACCGAGCCCGUAUGGAACACCGUGAAGCGCGACCUCGCCCGAAUCGUUAGCAACCUCAAGCUCGUCGUCUUCCUCAACCCCUACCGCGAGGACCCUGGCAAGGCGCUCAGGGACUGGGACCUGUGGGGACCCUUCUUCUUCAUCGUCUUCCUUGGCCUCACCCUCUCCUGCUCCGUCUCCGUUAAGAAGUCUGAAGUAUUUGCUGUUGCAUUCGCUGUCCUGGAAGCUGGGGCUAUAAUUCUGACCUUGAAUGUUCCGCUUCUGGGUGGACACAUCAUCUUCUUCCAAAGCCUCAGUCUUCUUGGCUAUUAUUGCUUGUUUCCACUAGAUGUUGGUGCUCUAGUUUGCAUGCUGACGGACAAUGCCACACUAAAGAUCGUCGUGCUGACAAUCACAUUGUCAUGGAGCUCCUGGGCUGCCUAUCCGUUCAUGAGUGCUGCUGUUAACCCAAGGAGAAAGUCUCUGGCCCUAUAUCCUGUCUUCCUCAUCUAUAUUUCAGUUAGUUUCCUCAUAAUUGCCAUAGAUUAAUGGUGGGGGUGAGCUUUGUAGUAACAUCUGCAACGUUGAGAAUUUUCCUCAUCGAAGAUUGAACCACCAGAAUUCAUACAGGUUUUGAUAGACGUGCUACCCCUCAUGGAGACAUGGGAGUCGUUGCUAGUUGUUUCAUCGGGAUUUUGGUCUUUACAUGAGCAAGAGGCACACGGUUGUAAAAUUAGUCGAAAUCUAUAUAUGUUGUAAAGAGAAUGAACUUUGUCCACU